AUGGACCCCCAUACACUGGAUUUUGUAGCAGCAUUAGAACCUGCUAUGGGCCGUAUUGAGGUGGGGGAAGAGGGGAAGAACUUUAUCAGGCAACAAGUCACAGGACUGUUGAUGAACCACAAAAACCAUCAGGUACUACAGAGAGACGAAAUGGAGACUAUGGAACAACUAAAGAAAGACAACUCCAUUGUGGUAUUACCCGCAGAUAAAGGAAAGGCCACAGUCGUGAUGGACAGGGUGCAGUAUACCAACAAAGCUCUUGAACUACUUAAGGAUACUACAGCGUAUAAGGUAAUAGAGAGGUACCCCAUGACGGCGCUUAAAAAUCGCGUCAAUAAGAUACUUAAUGGCCUUAAACGUGGGGGGAGGAUAGGGGAUGACACCUUGAGAAGGGUACGUCCCGUGGACUCGGCAAUGGCCAGAUUCUACGGGCUACCCAAGAUCCAUAAGGACGGUGUCCCCCUCCGCCCUAUUGUGGCAUUUAAGAACACCCCGACUUCGGGUCUGGCCAAGUGGCUGAGUAACCUUAUCAGUCACUUGGUCAGCGAUAGCACUACCACUAUAAGGUCAGCAGGGGAGUUCUUAGAUAUGAUUAGGACCCUAAGGAUAGAGGAUGAUGAGCUAAUGGUGUCGUUUGAUGUCGUGUCGCUCUUCACCUCUAUCCCACAGGAUCUCGCGGUCACGGUAAUAAAGGACUGCUUGAACCAGAAGGGCCUGGGGCAACAACUACAAGACUCCCUCCGAAUUAACGAUCUAGUGGACCUUUUAGAGGUGUGCUUAAAAACCUUUUUUACAUUUCAAGGUACCAUGUAUGAACAGGUCAAAGGAACACCCAUGGGGUCCCCAAUCUCUAGCGUCAUAGCGGAGACUGUGCUGCAACAACUAGAGCAUGUAGCGAUGGCCCAAUACCAACCUAAAUUCUGGGCCCGCUACGUUGACGACACAUUCGUGGUCAUCAAAAGGGAGCAUAAAGCUAACUUUGUGGGCACACUCAACUCGGUAUACCCUAACAUUCAGUUCACGGAGGAGGAGGAGAACCAGGGGAGACUGGCAUUCUUGGACGUAAUGGUCCACCGCCAGCCAGAUGGGACCCUGAGCACGAGGGCAUUUCCUGGAAAUGUAAAUUCUGACACUGUGGUACGACAUGAUUUACAGCAUCCAGUUACUGCCCGCUACAUUCGGAUACUUCCUCUGGAAUGGAGUGGAGAGGGUCAAAUUGGUUUGAGGAUCGAGAUCUAUGGCUGUCCUUAUUGGGCUGAUGUUAUCAAUUUUGAUGGCCAUGCUGUAUUACCGUAUAGAUUUGGACACAAGAAGAAAACAUUGAAAACGCUGAAAGAUGUCAUCGCUUUGAAAUUUAAAACCAUUGAAAGUGAAGGUGUACUCUUUCACGGAGAAGGACAGCAAGGAGAUUAUAUCACCCUAGAACUGAAAAAGGCCAAACUGUUCCUUAAUUUAAAUUUAGGUAGCAACCAGUAUGGUUCAAUUUAUGGACACACAUCUGUGACCACAGGUAGCCUUUUGGAUGAUCACCACUGGCAUUCUGUUUUAAUAGAGCGUCAUGGGAGAAACAUCAAUCUCACCCUUGAUAGGCAUUUGCAGCAAUUUCGAAUCAAUGGGGAAUUUGACUACUUGGAUCUGGAUUAUGAGAUAACAUUUGGAGGUAUGCCUUUUUCUGGGAAGCCCAGUUCAAACAGCAGAAAGAAUUUCAAAGGCUGCAUGGAAAGCAUAAUCUACAAUACCAAUAAUAUCACAGAUAUGGCCAAAAGGAAAAAGUUGGAACCUUCUAUUGGGGGGAAUUUAACUUUUUCCUGUGUGGAGCCUCAUACAGUACCAGUAUUUUUCAAUGCUACUAGUUUCCUGGAAGUGCCUGGCCAUCCAAAUCGUGAAUUAUUCUCAGUCAGCUUUCAAUUUCGGACAUGGAAUCCAAACGGAGUUUUGUUGUUCAGCAAUUUUGCUGAAGAAUUGGGUAGCAUACAGAUUGACUUGACUGAGGGAAAAGUCAAUGUCCACAUCAAUAUUACUGGAGUGAAGAAGAAUAAAAUCAAGAUAUCUUCAGGUGCAGGAUUCUGUGAUGGACAAUGGCACGAGGUUCGAUUCUUAGCAAAAGAAAAUUUUGCAGUUCUCAUCAUUGAUGGUGAUGAAGCUUCUUCUGUUCGGAGUAACAGUCCUCUGAAAGUUUUGACAGGAGAAAAAUAUCUGUUUGGAGGAUUUCUUCAGCAGUCGUUCCAGGGCUGCAUGCAGUUUAUUCACGUGGAUGAUCAGUUGGUGGAUUUACAUGCAAUAGAGCAAAGAAAGUUGGGAAGUUUUGCCAAUAUCAGCAUUGAUAUGUGUGCCAUUAUUGAUCGGUAAGCAGUAAGUAAGGUGGAUGAUAAUAAUGUAAUAAAAUAAUUUAGAAUUCAAUAUUGAUCUUCUAAAUUUAUUAUUUAAUUAACUUUUAUCAUGGUUAAUAGCAUUUGCAAUAACCAUCAAAAGACUUGCCUAAUUUCCAAAUGAUGCAUGACAAUGAGAUCAUGCCUUUUCAACAA